AAAGAAAUGUGCAAACACUGUCUAUGAUUCAUCAGCUGUCGAUCGGAAAACGAAAAUUAAAAACAAACCGAAGCAGGAAAAACUUGCGAAAAUUACUAGUGGAACUAAUCUAGAAGAAUCUGCAGGAUGUCGGUGAACACUGCACACGCCAACAAUGGUGUGCUCAUACACGCUGGCGAGUACAUACUGCUACAUAGCGACAGCGUUUCCAUGGACUUUUCGGGCCAGGACGAUCACGUGUUCAAGGGCUCGAAGGCGGGACGUAUCUACUUGACAUCGCAUCGCAUGAUUUUCAACAGCAAGAAGCCUGCGGACACCAUGCAGUCCUUUAGUGCCCCAUUUGUGGCACUGUCCGAUGUGGAGAUUGAGCAGCCCGUCUUUGGGGCCAACUACAUCAAGGGCAAGGUGCGCGCCCAGCCCAAUGGCAACUAUGUGGGCGAGGUCAAGUUCAAGCUGCACUUCAAGGCCGGCGGUGCCAUUGAGUAUGGCCAGGCGCUGUUGCGUUCGGCCAAGACAGCCAUGAACAACUACCAUCGUGGAGGCAUGGCUGGGGACGAUCCACCGCCGUAUCAACCGGCUGGAAACUGGAAUGAGGCUCCGCCACCGGCCUACCAGCCGCCACCGGGCUACUACGGAUGGUUGCCGCAGCACGAUGCCUUCAGUGGCCCGGCACCGAAUACGGUCUUCAUGAGCGACAAUCCGCCGCCGUAUCCGGGCAUCACACCGCCAAACAAUCAGCCAGCAGCACCACAACAGCCUCAGCCGUCAUCGAAUGAACCGAAUUGGUAUGGUUUUUCAGCCCCACCGCAGCAGCAGCCGCAGCAACAGCCGCAGCAGCCACAGCAGCAGGGUUGGGCUGGCGGCUAUGUCCAGCCACCGCCUUAUGCCGCCUGUGCGCCCGGUGCGCCUCCCUAUGCGGUGCCGGCUCAGACCUACAAUGGUCCGACCCCAUAUGGCGGCUACAACGGGUAUAACCAUGUGCCGGGUGGCUUCAUGCAGCCCCAGCAGCAGGCGAACGGUUAUCCAGCUCCAGGAGGUCCUCCUCCUGCCCAACAGCAGCCGCCACAGCAAGCAGGAGCUGCUGCUGGUGCUGCCGGAGCCAGUUUUAUGGGCUUCAGUCUGCCGCCAGGAAAUUCCAAAGAAGCCGAAGCUGCUGCAAGUGCUUAUAACACACCCUAUAACCAAGGUGGUCCUGGUCCAUCUGGAUCCAGCGAAAUGCCUCCCUCAUAUAAUAACUUGCCCCCCAGCUAUGACGAUGCAGCCAGGAAGCACCAGUAAAAUCUGCUCCAUGUUUUAUUCCUGAUAAAAUGUGUAAUCACAAUGGAAAUGUUAUCACUUGAAGCUCUCAACUAGGCUCAUUCCUGAGUAUAUUCAUCAGCAAUUAUGUAUAUAAUAUUAAGCCGAGUAUUACUCUAUUGAUUGUAAGCCGUUCUCAAACGCUAAAAAUUCCUUGUGCAGUUUUGCAAGCUGUUUUCUGGUCACAAAACUGUUGUUUUUUUUUUUUUUUUUUUUAAAUUGGUUUUUAAAUAUUUUUUUAUACUGCAAGAAGUAGUUGUUAUUAUAUAUUGAAAAUAUAUUAUAAAUCAAAUAUGCA